AGGACGACGCAAGAGACACCGGCAGAAGGAAGGGGUGACAGGAGGGAAGAAACAGGAGACCGAAAAGCGCUCUGGAAACUGGGGAUCGGCUGGCCGGUCCCGGCUGCUGUGACGACUGUGGCCAGCCGUGGGACCACCCCGCCUCCUGCCACCCCUGGGAGCCCUCUCCUUGCGGGCGUCGGAGAGUGGCAGGGCAUGGCAGAUUCUUGCCGGAACCUCACCUACGUGCGAGACUCGGUAGGACCUGCCACCAGCACCCUGAUGUUCGUGGCCGGAGUGGUGGGCAACGGGCUGGCCCUGGGCAUCCUGGGCGCGAGGCGGAAGUCACACCCAUCGGCCUUUGCAGUGCUGGUCACUGGGCUGGCGGUGACGGAUCUGCUGGGCACGUGCUUCUUGAGCCCCGCGGUGUUCGUGGCCUACGCUCGGAACAGCUCCCUGCUGGGCCUGGCCCACGGCGGGUCUGCGCUGUGCGACACUUUUGCCUUUGCCAUGACUUUCUUUGGCCUGGCCUCCACGCUCAUCCUCUUUGCCAUGGCUGUGGAGCGAUGCCUGGCACUCAGUCACCCCUACCUGUACGCCCAGCUGGACGGGCCACGCUGUGCCCGCCUGGCGCUGCCUGCCAUCUACGCUUUCUGUUGCCUCUUCUGCUCACUGCCCCUGAUGGGCCUGGGCGAGCAUCAGCAGUACUGCCCCGGGAGCUGGUGCUUCAUCCGUAUGCGUUCCACCCAGCCCGGUGGCUGUGCCUUCUCCCUGGCGUACGCCAGUCUCGUGGCCCUGUUGGUGACUUCCAUCUUCUUCUGCAACGGCUCCGUCACCCUCAGCCUCUGCCACAUGUACCGCCAGCAGAGACGCCACCACGGCUCGUUGGUGCCGACCUCUCGGGCGCGAGAGGACGAGGUUGACCACCUGAUUCUGCUGGCCCUCAUGACGGGCAUCAUGGCUGUGUGUUCCCUGCCUCUCACGAUCCGAGGCUUCACCCAGGCCAUUGCCCCAGACAGCAGUGAGAUGGGGGAUCUCCUCGCCUUCCGCUUCAAUGCCUUCAACCCCAUCCUGGACCCCUGGGUCUUCAUCCUUUUCCGGAAGGCUGUCUUCCAGCGACUCAAGCUUGGGUUAUGUUGCUUGUGUGCCCGUUCUGUCCACGGGGACUUACAGACACCCCUUUCCCGGCCUGCAUCGGAGAGAAGAGACACACUGGCUCCCACUGCCCUCCAGGAACGGAACUGGGUGCCCCUGACAUCCUGGGGCACUGGGCAGGUGGCACCAUUGACUGCUGUGCCUCCGGCUGGUGGCCAUAGCUGCUCUGUGGGAAAGCCAUCCAAAAGAGACGCCAUGGUGGCUUGCUCCCUCUGCUGACGCCUAAGCUGGUCCUGCAUGCCAGCCUGGGCCCCCGGUGUCGCAGGACCAGAAGCCAGAAGAUCAGGGACUCAACUGGAGACGGUGGGAGCCACAUAUUUGACCCCCAAAGUCUGGGAGUGUCUGCUGCCCUUUUCCUCCUUGGGGACGGUGGUUUACAGACCUUGGGAAGAGGGUGAGGGAUGAUGGAGGCAUGUUCUGUGGCUCUUGAGAAGGAUUCUCUCAAAAUAACCAGGGCCUGGCCAGGCUGCUCUGGCCCUGGGCUCCCCCAUCUGUCUCACUGUCUAAAUAUUUAGGGAGCAGAAAAAUUUCCAGCGGCUUCCGUGGACUCCAGUCUGCUGGGGUUAGAGUGUCUGCUCUCCGCUUCCACCAAGGGGGGCCCUGGAUGCCCACCCAAGGUUCCCAGGGGACACACAGCCAUGCCCUCUCCCAAGCCAUUCCAGCAACCUCCCUCAGAAUUGUUCCUGCCCUCCCCCCAUUUCCCAUCCUCUAUCUGACUUUGGGGUCCUGAGCCCCACCAGGAAGUGGGAAGGGAAGGCCACUGUAUUGUAGGUGACGUUACUGGACAUGUGUCUGGUGCAGAAACGGCCUGAGAAAUGUCACAGCUUGGGGGAAUUGUGCCAUGUGAACUUUGGGGGAAGGUGCAGGGUACAAGCCAGAGAUGGUGCCGAUGCAUGUCCCAAGCCUGUCUCCCGAUGAUCCUGGAACGAACAACUGCCUCCGUUUAGAACUGGACCUCAACACGCCAUCUCCGGAACCUCCACAAAGAUUUCACUCACUCAUUCAACCAGCUCCCGUGGGACCCUGAAGUCGGCAGGCGCUGACUCUCUGCCCC